UGUUUUGACACAAAAGGUGGUGGGUUUAUGGAACCAACUGCCAGAGAAGGUAGUUGAGGCAGGUGCUAUGCAACGUUUAAAAAAAAACCAUUUGGACAGGUGCAUGGACAGGAAAGGUUUAGAGGAAUAUGGGGUAAAUGCACAAGAGUUGGGACUUGUGUGGAUGGGGCAUGUUAGUCGGCGUGGGCUAGUUGGGCGGAAGGGCCUGUUUCCAUGCUGUAUGACUGAGCAGGGAGCUGAAUAUGUGCAGAUGCUCUCGUUGGCAACUUGGACGCCCGCAUUUCGUUGUGCUCUGUGAAACCCCCAGAAGUUCAAACACAUUUCAACAACACCCUGCCGAAACUGCCCGCUCUCCAGUUUACCAGCAGGCAAAGAAAUCCCCCGCCGCUUGCAGACUUCAUUUACAUAAAAAAAACCCACCGCAAACACAAGCCGAGUGGAAAAAAAAAACGGAAAUGUAAAAUGUACAGGCUUUACACAGUCCACGCAGCUUCGCUUCGAACAGAACCGCACCUUCGCUGGUCUGGUGGCCGAAUUACUGUUUUACAUCAGUUGAAGUCUUGAUAGCAGAUCACACUCGCGACAUGUUUCAACAGUUGACCGCGGCGGAUAACUAGGUCCAACACAAACUUACACUGUGGAACCAGCCCGGAAUUAUUUUAUGAGGACAAAGAAAAAUGAGGAACCAAACUGCGUCAGGCCAACAAAUACAAAUUGAUAAUAAAAAGUUAACUUCACCGAGACCUCCAGCUAAGAGAUACCAUCACCGGACAAAUGGCAAGAACCUCACCUAUUGAAGUCUGUGUGCCCAUCUUAACUCUGGAUUUUCCCUGCUUCUACAUCAAUAAAUCGGCAGCCUGAAAUCAGCUUUGGAUCAAUGGUGAAUUCAAUGAUCAAUCUUAAUGAAGAAAGAUUCUGGCAAAUUAUAAAUAUGCUGUUCAGAACUCUUUAAAGUGUCUUCAUAAGAAUAUCAUCCAGCAUAUGGGCUUUUUCUAAUCACGGCAAAUAUUCUUCAGAAUUCAUUCUCCUUUUCCCAGUUUAGCCAGGUUUAUUCCCAGUUUGAAGUAAAUUGAAAAUGAAAAACAAUUCAUCGAACUGCGAUCAUGAUAGGAAUGCAGCUGAUUUCCAGUAUGCUGUCAUGUACGUUGUAAUAUUUAUACCGGGCCUUAUCGCGAAUGUCCUAGCUCUUUGGGUAUUCCACGCCUAUAUCAAAGAAACAAAGAGGGCAGUGAUAUUCAUGAUCAACUUGGCCAUUGCGGACUUGGCACAAGUAAUGUCCCUACCGCUCCGAAUAUUCUACUACCUGAACCAGGUUUGGCCUUUCGGCAGAUUUUUGUGCAUGUUUUGCUUCUAUCUUAAAUACGUAAACAUGUACGCGAGUAUAUUCUUUCUCGUUUGCAUCAGCAUCCGACGGUGCCUGUUCUUAAUUCAGCCCUUCAAGUACACGGACUGCAAACGGAGAUACGAUGUCUAUGUGAGCAUCGUAGGCUGGCUCAUCGUGGGGGCAGCUUGCCUGCCUUUUCCGUUAAUGAGAAUAGAUACGAAAAACAACUCUAGCCAUUUCAACAGCUGCUUUACAGCUCUUCCUAUCAUAGAAAUUGAUACCCCUACCUCUAUUGCCUUGGUCACAUUGGCUGAACUAACAGGUUUUGUGCUACCACUUAUCAUUACGAUGAUCUGCUCGUGGAAAACCAUCAUGUCCUUGCGAAAGAAAAACUCCGUCUUGCAAGACAGUGGGGAAAAGACGAAAGCCUUAAAAAUGGUCUUGACCUGCACCAUAGUCUUCCUGAUUUGUUUUGCACCAUAUCACAUCACCUUUCCUUUGCAUUUCUUGGUUUUAUCAGGACGCAUUGAAGAUUGUACCACCAGGAGGCUCAUACUCAAAUUCCACCCAAUUGCCCUGUGUCUAGCCAGUCUAAACUGUUGUCUAGACCCAAUCAUAUACUACUUCACAACAGACGAGUUCCGGAGAAGACUGUCUCGGCAAGAAAUCAAUGAAAACGGUGUUCAGCUCCAUUUCGCAGACUGAAGGUGAAGAACUUGUUUAUGGUCUCUUUGCAAACAGAGACAAGGACAUUGAAAGAGGGUUUCCCAACUCUCAAUGCCUCCAGCUUGCUAUCAUUUGUUUUAAAGUAAUUUUGUAUAUUUAUAUGAAGUAUUUGUAAAUGUUCUCCCCUAAGGCAAAAGUGUGAAUCCUUGAUAAAGAAUUUAAAAAGU